GAGAGGGAGCAUCCACCACUGCUCUCUACUACUCAGCCCCGCCCUCCUCCCUCUCUCUCUCACACCUUCUUCUGCGAGGUCGAGCGAGCGAGUCGGCCCAUAGAAAGUCGUCAGUCGUCCAUCCGGUGGGGCAUUACUUCUACAUCAGUCGUCUUGUAGCCUCUUCCCUCCAUUCGGCCCCAGUCCCGCUCGCUCGCUCGCGCCCUCCCCCCAGAGCUCGACAGACAAGAGGAGCUCCUCACCGCCCCUCAUUGUUCACGAGAGCUCUGCCUGCGAGCGAGAGCGAGAGUUGCCGAGCGCGAGAGACCGAGCGAGAGCGAGAGCGAGGCGAGCGCGUCCGAAGGAGCGUGGUGGUCGCAGCAGCAGCAGCCAGGAACCAUGAGGGAAAUCUUGCACAUCCAGGGAGGACAAUGCGGAAACCAGAUCGGAGCUAAGUUCUGGGAAGUGAUCUGUGACGAGCACGGCAUUAACCCUUCGGGAGAGUACCGCGGAGACUCGGAUCUGCAGCUCGAGAGGAUCAAUGUCUACUACCACGAGGCCAGCGGCGGUCGCUACGUCCCCCGCGCCGUGCUCAUGGAUCUGGAACCCGGAACCAUGGACAGUGUCCGAUCUGGUCCCUUCGGCCCGAUCUUCCGUCCUGAUAACUUCGUCUUCGGUCAGUCCGGAGCGGGAAAUAACUGGGCCAAGGGUCACUACACCGAAGGUGCCGAGCUCAUCGACUCCGUUCUGGACGUGGUGCGCAAAGAGGCCGAGAGCUGCGACUGCCUGCAGGGUUUCCAAGUGUGCCACUCUCUCGGUGGUGGAACUGGAUCUGGAAUGGGAACUCUGCUCAUUUCCAAGAUCCGCGAGGAAUACCCCGACAGGAUGAUGCUUACGUUCUCCGUCUUCCCCUCGCCCAAGGUGUCCGACACCGUCGUCGAGCCCUACAAUGCGACUCUGUCCGUCCACCAGCUUGUUGAGAAUGCCGACGAGUGCAUGGUGCUGGAUAACGAGGCCCUGUACGACAUUUGCUUCAGGACUCUGAAGCUGACGACCCCCACUUUCGGUGACUUGAACCACUUGAUCUCGGCCACCAUGAGCGGAGUCACUUGCUGCCUGCGUUUCCCUGGUCAGUUGAAUUCUGAUCUGCGUAAGUUGGCCGUGAACCUCAUCCCCUUCCCCCGUCUUCACUUCUUCAUGGUUGGGUUCGCUCCUCUGACCUCUAGAGGCUCGCAGCAAUACCGUGCCCUCACCGUCCCCGAGCUCACCCAGCAGAUGUGGGAUGCUAAGAACAUGAUGUGCGCUGCUGAUCCGCGCCACGGGCGGUACCUCACUGCCUCGGCUAUGUUCCGUGGUCGCAUGAGCACGAAGGAGGUGGACGAGCAAAUGAUCAACGUGCAAAACAAGAACUCUUCCUACUUCGUUGAAUGGAUCCCUAACAAUGUGAAGUCCUCUGUUUGUGACAUUCCACCUAACGGUUUGAAGAUGGCUUCUACCUUCAUCGGUAAUUCCACCUCCAUCCAAGAGAUGUUCAGGCGUGUCAGCGAGCAGUUCACCGCCAUGUUCAGGAGGAAGGCUUUCUUGCAUUGGUACACCGGAGAGGGCAUGGACGAGAUGGAGUUCACUGAGGCCGAGAGCAACAUGAACGAUCUCGUGUCCGAGUACCAGCAGUACCAAGACGCCAGCGCCGAGGACGAUGGCGAGUUCGAUGACAAUGAGGAAUUAGAAGCUAACUAGAACCAAGGUCGGUGCCGAGUAUGUUCUUUGCUGCUUGCAGAGCGAAUCCAGGGUAGUCGUAGACGGACUAUAGAUCUACUCUUCAUCCGAGUCGUGAACAUUUCACAUAUUUGACGGUUUUCCUUGUGUUGCCUAGAAACGCAGCACCACCAGUAUACGCACCGGUGCUUCAGGAUGUCUAGUACUUUAACUUCAUGAGAUCACGAUUGAUAGUGAUGACAGAUUGUUUUUGUGUUGCAUUUUUUUGGUGUAUUUUCCAAUAAGGUACACAGGGUGGGGCAUUACCCCGUGAAGACAGAUUGUAUAGUAUCUCAUUGAAUCUAUAUGGACGAAUACCCGACCCGCUUUCUAUCAAAAAACAAAAACAAAACCUUUCUGUUCUUGUUUCAUCACAUCGAUCUGCGCUUCCCUUCGUUUCAUGGCUCUGUAGCAUCCCUGGAGCCAGGCCCCAUCUAGACAGUAGUAGUUUUAGGAUCGAAGUAUCAGCUGCUGAGGUUUUCCUACCAAGUACCACGCCAGUACCAGGACUAGUACGUAUAUGCUACUAUGAGACGAAUCACAGAUAGACGCCAGGUGAAGUUGUUUCUACAUCGAUAGUGUAAGAUCUAGCUGACACUACGGUUCUGGUCUUAGAACCUAGAUAGGAACCAUGUCGAGCUUGUUUCAGAGCAGUGGAAGUUUAUCUUAACCUCUUGAAGGAGUUGAAAUCACCAGACUGUGUACGAGCAUUGAAUUGGAAUGGCAGUGAAAUGUGUCGAAGCUCCUUUCGAUGAACAUCUACACUCAUGUAUGUUAUAUAUAUCGCAUUCACAGCUCCUGCUCACAUCCGACCCGCGAUUUAAAUUACUAGGACCGAAAUGCAUCAUGUUCGCUGCUGUCGUGAACACGCAACCUCCCCCGAAUAAUGACACUGUCAGGCGCAUUGAGAAUGGGGCAGGUGAGGCGCGCUGCAGGCUGUGCUCCGCUGUUCACCGUCUGGCUGUAGCCGUUUGGGAAGUCAGCAGCUGUGUGUGUUAGAUAGGAAUUGACAGUCGCACGUGUGUCUUUAGGUUGAAAAUUCGAAAUAAUGAUAGUUGUGUUGUACCUUGCAAGAGAGCGCGUUCCACCCUCGA